CCAUUCUCUCCUCCUCUCCAGCUUUCCUAUUUCAGGGUUUUCUAGGGUUUACAGGAUCCUCGAAAUUCCUGUUAUACCCUUCGCAUUUUGUGUUGCAUAGAUUAUUAUUCUCUCGCUUCCGUAUACUGGAUUGCUGGUUACUUCUUAUUCUUCGGUGUCACUUCCUACUCCUGUAACUUGAUUACUGUUUGGUUUCUGAGAAAAUUGAGGGAAAGAAAUAGAAAAGUUAUAUGAAAAUUUUGAGGUAUUGUUGGGGUUUUUUUUUAAAGGUUAAAUUGCUUUGUAUGAUGUUGUUUAGAUGGAUGCUUGUUAAGGAAUAGUCUAUUUGGAUGGUAUGGAUGAAGGAUUGGUUGAUGAAGUGGCUCCAGUUGAUGUGGCAGAGGGGGCACACCCUCACAGCAAAGAGAAUGAAUAUUCCCUGAAACCAUCUGAAAGCCCCACCAUGUUAGAAUCUCAUGAGAUGGUUAUACCUCGCGAGGGUAAUUAUCCUGAGAGCUCAUUUCAUGUACUUGCAGAUAUUUUGGAUGCCAAGAACAUAAAUAGGGGUGGAAACCAUGUGGAUGCAUGUGAACAGCCAUGUGCUAGCCCUUGCUAUACGGAUGAUGUUGGAAACAUGGUUGAAGAAUUAACAGUGAAAAAUUAUGAUAAUACAAACUUUGCUAUAGUUGGAACGUCAAACAGCAGGGAAAGAAUGCAAACUAGGCAGAGUCAGUGGCAGCAUUUUUAUCAACUUGGGGGUGCAUCAGGGAUUGGGAGCUCACAUACCAACACUUUAUAUAGGGACAAUGGUCAAGGAAUGUCAAGUGGCUGGGAAGAUGUGAGGUAUGCAUCUUCCCCUGUGUUGUUGGGACAAAAAUCACCAAGCGGUGAGUGCAAUGAAGUCAUGGAACAACCAAAUGUUGAACAUAGAGAACUUUCACACAACACCGUUUCUCAUGGUGGUAUUCGGACCAAGAUUCUGUCAAAAUCAGGAUUUUCUGAAUUUUUUGUGAAAAAUACGUUGAAGGGUAAGGGGAUCAUUUUUAGAGGUCCACACCAUGAAAGUCCAAGAUUUGUGCCGAAAGAUGAGAAAGAUGAGAACAAUGGAAAGGCUGCUGCUGGCACUGUGGCAGCUUCUAACUCUUUGCAGACUUUAGGAGCAAAAACAGCAAUGCCUUCUUCCUUUAGUAUUGCUGGGCCAAGGCCUGCUGGCUCUAAUCAUGAUGGAGUUGGUCUGCGACAUUGGUUGAACGCACAGCAGCAUAAAGCGAAUAAAGUUGAGUGCUUGCAUAUAUUUAGACAGAUUGUUGAUCUAGUAGAUUAUUCUCACUCUCAAGGAGUUGCCUUGCAUGACUUAUGGCCUUCAAGCUUCAAGUUGCUGCAAUCAAAUCAGGUAAAAUAUGUUGGUUUAACUUUUCAAAAAGAUAUGCUAGAGAGUGCUAUGGAUCAAGAUAUACCUUGUUCAGAGAAUCAAGUGGUUAGGAGAAGGCCAGCAGAGCAGGAAAUGUUGCCCUUUGUUGGCGUAUUUGCAAAGAAGCCAAAGUUCAGUGAGAACACAAACCAUAUUAGGCAGUGGCCUCAAUUUACUGCAAAAUAUGGCAUUAAAACUGAAAUAGCUAAUGAUGGUAACAUCAAGGUGGCCAGUACUCAAUAUUCUCUUAAUGAACUUACUGAACAUAAUCCAAACGUAGAAUAUGGAAUUCAGGGCAAGAGCAGCCGUCAUCUGUCUAAUGCAGCACAACAGCAGUUGACAUCCAUUGGUAACUGGUCAGAAGAGAAGUGGUAUGCAAGCCCUGAGGAGCUGAGUAAGGGAAUCUGCACUAUAUCAUCAAAUAUAUAUAGUCUGGGUGUUCUACUAUUUGAGUUGCUUGGUCAUUUUGAUUCGGAAAGAGGACAUGCAACAGCAAUGUCAGACCUGCGUCAAAGAAUUCUUCCUCCUCAUUUUUUAUCAGAAAAUCCAAAGGAAGCUGGAUUCUGCUUCUGGUUACUUCAUCCUGAACCUUCAUCACGACCAACAACAAGGGAAAUCCUACAAUCUGAAGUGCUUAAUGGAUUGCAGGAGAUAUCUGGAAAAGAAUUGUCAUCUUCCAUUGACCAAGAUGAUGCUGAAUCAGAACUGUUAUUGCAUUUCCUUAUUUCAUUAAAAGAACAUAAGCAGAAGCAUGCCUCUAAGUUAGCGGAUGACAUUAGGUGUGUAGAAGCAGAUAUUGAAGAGGUUGAGAGGAGGAACUUUUCAAAGAAUACCUUGGGGACUCGAUUAUCAACUAUUUCUUGUACAAAUGAAGUGAGGUUGACAAGCAACAUUAGUCAACUUGAAAGUGCCUACUUUUCCAUUAGAACCAAACUCCAGCUCCUGGAAACUGAUGCUACGACACACCAGGAUAAGGAUUUAUUAAGGAGUCGUGAAAACUAUUACUUAGCAAAGGGUGAAGAAAAACAGAAUCCAACUGAUCGUCUUGGAGCCUUUUUUGAUGGUUUAUGCAGAUAUGCUCGUUAUAGUAAGUUUGAAGUACGGGGGCUACUAAGAACUGGAGAUUUUAACAAUUCUGCAAAUGUAAUUUGCUCUUUGAGCUUUGACAGGGAUGUUGACUACUUUGCCACUGCUGGAGUAUCGAAGAAAAUAAAGAUAUUUGAGUUUAAUGCACUCUUAAAUGAUUCUGUUGAUAUUCACUAUCCAGUCAUUGAAAUGCCGAACAAAUCAAGGCUUAGUUGUAUUUGCUGGAACAACUACAUCAAGAAUUAUCUGGCAUCAACUGACUAUGAUGGCAUUGUGAAGUUAUGGGAUGCAAGUACUGGUCAAGGGAUUUUUCAAUAUAAUGAGCAUGAAAGGAGGGCUUGGUCUGUUGACUUUUCUCAAGCAUAUCCAACAAAAUUAGCCAGUGGAAGUGAUGAUUUUACUGUGAAGCUUUGGAGCUUUAAUGAGAAAAAUAGUUUAGGCACAAUCAGGAACAUUGCAAAUGUCUGCUGUGUUCAGUUCUCUUCUCAUUCUACUCAUUUGUUGGCAUUUGGGUCAGCGGAUUACAGAACCUAUUGCUAUGAUCUUCGGAAUUUAAGAACACCCUGGUGUGUAUUGGCUGGCCAUGACAAAGCAGUAAGCUUCGUGAAAUUCUUGGACCCUGAAACUCUGGUUACUGCAUCAACUGACAACUCCUUAAAGCUUUGGGAUCUCACUAAAGCCAGUUCUAGUGGCAUGUCCAACAAUGCUUGCAGUUUGACACUUAGUGGACAUACUAAUGAGAAGAAUUUUGUGGGUUUAUCUGUUGCUGAUGGUUACAUUGCAUGUGGUUCAGAAACAAAUGAGGUUUAUGCUUACUACAGAUCUCUACCCAUGCCAAUCACAUCCCACAAGUUUGGUUCAAUUGAUCCUAUUUCCGGGAAAGAGACAGAUGAUGACAAUGGGCAGUUUGUUUCUAGUGUCUGCUGGAGAGGGAAAUCAGACAUGGUUGUUGCUGCCAAUUCAACUGGGUGUAUCAAAGUGUUGCAAAUGGUUUGAAGGAAAGGGAGCCUUCCUAAAUCAAUUAGGAAAUCAGAUUUCUCUUGCUUCGUUUCCAGCUGGGGAAAUGCAGAACCUGUAGGCCAAUUAUAUACUGAAAACUGUGAAGUUUGCAAGGUGAAACUCUGAGAACCAAUGCAUCAUCUAUUAUACUUGUCCGUAUGAGAUAGUAGGGAUCCAAAGAGCUGAAUUACAACCUUUCAGCUAGUCACAAAUUCUGAUUCCAGAUCUUCAGUUAGAGGUGCAGGAAAUGACUGAUGAGAUUUGCAGGCAAGGACUCCAGAAUAUUAGUGAUGCUGCUGGUGAAUAUAAAACAAAGAAGAACAAGAUCAAUAUUAGCAUUGGCGUUGGGAUGAAGGCAAUCCUGGAUAAAAAUAAAUCUUGAAAGAGCAGCUCCAAAUCAUCUGACUGCUAAUAAGGCAACCGUGCAUUUGCUCCUCCUACCAUUUGUAGAAUUGGUGUGCAGUCCUUUCAAGUUUUCAGCGAAGGAUUGGCAAUUCUAGACAGGCAAUUUGUUCAGAAGAUAGCUUUGAAGCAAUUCCACAUUUAUAUGCUCAGAAAAGCGGGGAAAAUAUUUAGUGCUGUAUCCCAAGUAUUGGAUAUUGUAAGUAGGAAAGCCAGAUAUUGUAAAUUUUUUGAGGAAAAAAAAUGUAUAUGAUAUUUUCGUUUAGGAAAA